GAGCGAAUACAACCAAUAUGUAUGUCUCUCUGGCGACGAUCAAGCCGUUUGGCCGUCCCGCCAAUCGCACCAUCUUCUUCAGGGGCUUUCUGACAGACCCUUCAUGCUCCGAGACGCACCAGCCCAACCCGGUCGACGAGACCAACACCGAUAAACCGGUGCCCCUCAGCGCCAAACAGCCUUCCUCGUUGACGCUCUUUGGAGACGAAGACCUCACCGACGAGCCACAGAACUUCCAAGACGAGAGAGUCUCGAAGGAGCUCGACCCAUUGCACCGCGACAGCCAGACCAUCAACUACUCCAGCCUGAGCGACGAAGAGCGCCUCGGCAACAUGAUUGUCUUUGUGCUCGACGCCCGAAGUGGCAGCGUCAACGAUCUGCUGCACGGCUCCAAUUUCGGUGAAGUGUGCUGGUUCAUGCCCGAGACCAAGCACCAGUACCGUCUUUCGGGACGCCUCCAUCUUAUCGUCUCGCCACACCACUCGCUGGUAACCAACCACAUGAUCAGCGAUCUCUCGACCUCGGCUCUGGAUUUCCCCAACAUGGACUGGGAGAAGAAGCGUCUGGAGGUCUGGCAUCAGAUCUCGCCCCUGCGCCGCGCUUCGUUCGCCUGGCCGAGCCCCGGCAAGGAAAAGUCCAAUGAUCAGGAAGAAUAUCUCAAGGAGCUGCAUCCGCUCGAGAUCAACCCGGCUCUGUGUGAGCACCACGAUGCCAAGACAAAGCAGUGGCAUGAGCAAGCCUUGCAGAACUUCUGCCUCCUGCUUCUGGAUGUCGACGGUAUGGACUUUUUGAACCUUGGCGCCGUUCCGCAUGUGCGAACCAAGUUCAGGCGGACGCUGUCGCCUUCCGAGGCCGUGGGCAAAGUCCGUGCCGACGUCCAUGCAUGUGCCGAGGCCAUGACGCAAUGGACGGUCCAGGAGGUCAAUCCCUGAACGACAGCCGCCACAGCACCGACGGACGGGCGCAUCGGGAUUCAUCCAACAUCCAUUGCAGACACAAUCCUUUGCUAGGGCAGACAGCAGGCCAGCUGCAUGAGCGUGGGGAUACUUGAAGCUUGUUGUCGAGAGUCCAGCUGGCACAUGGAUAUCCGCUGUUUGCUUCAUAUUGAGUCAAUAAAAUGCAUGUCUUCAUUC